AGUCUGAUAAUGUUCAUGGACUCAUUGUAAAUAUAAAGUAAACAAUCCGAUACGAUUCAGUUCCAUAUAUUUGAUAAAAUAGUAGUGUUUUCUCAGUUUCCAUGUUGUAGCAAUUGGAUACAGUUCCGAAAAUGGUUAAAGCAAAAGUCUACAUAUUCGAAAAACAAUUUGACGGAUUUCCCAAAUCAGGAGAUCUGAAAAUUAUUGAAGAAGAAUUGCCGCCUAUCAAAGAUGGAGAAUUUGUGAAAGCAAAAAUCCUGAGUUUCCGUGCGGCAAACACGUUCUAGGAUUCUUCGGAUGGAGAACCCACACAAUUUCUAAUGGAAUUCACCCAGAAAAAGAUAGAAAAUCAACUUUAAUUCCAGAUGAAUUGAAUGACCUACCACUGUCAUUGAGUUUGGGUGUUUUGGGAAGACCGGGCAACUCUGCCUAUUUUGGAUUUCUCGAAAUAUGUAAGCCAAAGGAGGGAGAAACAGUGGUAGUAUCUGGGGCAUCUGGAGCAGUUGGUAGCAUUGUUGGACAAAUAGCUAAAAUAAAGGGAUGUAAAGUUAUUGGUAUCGCUGGGUCAGACGAAAAAUGUAAAUGGAUAACAAAUGAAUUAGGUUUCGAUCACGCUAUCAAUUAUAAAACAGAGGACGUUGAUGCAGUUUUAAGAAAGCUAUCUCCUGAAGGAAUCGACUGUUAUUUUGAUAAUGUGGGUGGUGAGAUAAGUAGUACUGUCAUACAUCAUUUGAAGAAGUUUGGGAGAGUCUCCAUUUGUGGUGCAAUAUCUGGAUAUAACGAAACAUCCAAAGUGAAAUCUAUUUACCGCCCUAUCAUCAGCAAUGAACUAACUCUCGAAGGAUUUUUGGUUGCAAGAUGGGUAGAUAGGUGGGACGAAGGAAUCAAACAAAAUUUGAAAUGGAUUAAAGAAGGAAAACUCAAAUACCGAGAAACUAUCACUGAGGGCUUCGAAAACAUGUUUACUGCUUUCACGGAUAUGCUCAGUGGGAAAAAUUUUGGAAAAGCAGUUGUUAAAGUAUAGAGUUUAUAAAUUCCAUUGUACGUUAAUAAAAAAUUUAAACCUUAA